CUUGAUUAACCUAAAUUUGUAAAAGCUCUCCACUAUCUAUCAGAAUACGACUUGUCAAAGUUUAGGGGUCAACAGAGGUCGUGCCAAGUCUGAUAAACAAUUCUGCAUAGUUGAAAGGAAUGGCAUGGAUAAUGCACCGCCAUUAAAAAGGUCACCUUCUGUUUCAAGGCAGUUGUCUGUGAUGGCGGGUAGAGGGCGUUUCUUGAAACUUCCUAUAAUCCUCGUAUCACUUACAAUUGGAAUACUUUGUGGUCACUUGUUGUUUCGUUUUUCUGGCUCUUGGUCGGAUUCAAGGUCACGUUUAAGACGACGUGGAUCAUCACAAAGUGAUUCGUACUCUUCGUUUCACGUCCCUCCAUCUGAACGGGAGGGUCUGAGCAUCAAAAAAGACAUGAGCAUACAGUUUAGAGACUAUCAACCGAAGAAUUACUUUAUAAACGUCGGCGGGACUUAUCCUAAAAGUAUUGACAUUUUUCUUCAAACAUAUCCAGAAUCGGAGUUCUUUUUGAUUGUUUCUUUCAUACCCGAUGUGUCUUUUGCACCAUUUUACCGAGUAUUUGAUAAUCACACGUUGAUAAGCCCGGCAUGGGUAAGUGCGACAACGGAAUCGGUAGAGAAAAUAACUUUACAUCCAUUUGGUGAAAAAGAAACCAUGGUUACACUUCCUGUCGUUGAUAUUGCCGCUUGGCUCCAGAAUAAUACGCAUCCAGACGACUUUGUGAUUGUGAAAAUGGACAUCCCUGAUGACGAAGAAGAGGCUCUGAUGUUUAAACUCGUUCACACAGAGGCCGUAGAAUGGAUAGAUAAAUAUUAUACUACAUUUCCUGAGAAACAGCAUCAUAAACUACAACAAAUUUCCGAAUUAUAUGGGCUUCAGAUUUUUGGAUGGGACGAGAAGAAUGAAUCAUUUAGUGAUUUUAAUGAUGUCAAUCCACUUAAAGUUCCGCCGGGGGCAGGUUUCAUGAAAGAAGAUUGUAAAUCUACAAAUUCCAGUGAAAUUUUCGCGCUUUUCUUGUAUGUCAGAGACAUAUCCCUAAAAUCUUUACAUGCAUUAAAAAUGUUGAGAGGAUUUGAAAUUGAAAAGAAGGAGAAACCGAACGCUGGCCUUUUUCUACCAUAUGAUCUCUUUCUCUCAAAUCGUGAACUUGCAGAGCAUUUAUUUACAGUGUUUAAUGGUGGGCUUUUUUGGGAUGUUCAAUGUAAUCGAAACAUGUCGGAUAGUCAGUUCCGAAAUUCUGUGGUAAAAGUGUCUAACAUCUUUUCAAAAUUCCAAAAGCCAAUGAUCUUGCAGAAUUUGAUGUUUUCUGAAAAGAAUGAAGAACUAGCAAAGUUUAUUAUUUUAACAAGACAUCAGACGGUUUUUCAUAAGUCACAUGACAUAGCAUCAAUGAUGUCAUUUCCUGUCUUGGAGUCCUCUAAAUUUAUACCCGAUUCUGGGAUAAUUUAUUCACUGGACAUUGGAAGUGACAAUAACGACAAACUUGCUCUUUAUCUUCUAAAGAAUUACGAAGAGCAGUUAAUAUCCUUGAUAAAAUGUGCUGUUCCAUAA